UUUCUUUGUAAUUAACGGUUAAUUAGAAACGGCCUCGGGUUCAAAGGGCUAGGCUAAUCAAUUUUGUGUCGGUCGGGUGUGGCUAGGGUCACUUUCAGGAAAAGAGAGAAGAUACUAGCGAAACAUGCCGUCAGUUGGUGCUGUGAUCCACGCUGGGCCUCACCCGAGCCUGGAUGUAGUGCGACAUUGGAAGGGUAUUGCGGAAAUAAUCAUUCGAGCCGUUGCUGCCUUUCUGGCACUGCUGGGUGUCAUAUCAUGCGCUGCAGCCCAGGACGACGUGAGCAGCGACGACAUAGAUGAAACACUGCUGAGUCGAAGCAACGCGGCAUCUGGAUGGGGUAUAUUCAUCUGUUUCGUGGCCUUACUCACAGAGAUCGUCAUCAUCAUCAUGCGUUUCCUGAACUUUGGUUUCAUUCAAAACCACCUCACAGUGUCACUUGUUGUGGACAUAUGCAUCAGUGCCGGCUUUGCUCUGUUGCUGUUUGUGACUGGGAUACCUCUGGCGGUGUAUGCCAAUCAGUGGGACGAUGAGAUCAAGGCGGCCGAAGACGACGUGAAGGAUACCCUAGAGAAGAUACCACCUGCACUUAGAGCUGCCUCCGCAUUCUGCUACAUUGCCCUGGUCGGUUUCAUAGUUCUCCUGGUGUGGAUGUUCUUACACCUGGUGCUGGGCUGGUGCAAACCUUCAGGCUCCGUCAGCCACGCCACAUGA